AUGGGUCACGGCCAUCACAAUAUUCGCUUUGAUGGCGAUCCGUUUGCUCUAUCGGGAGCCUGGAGCCCGCCGACGAGUCGCGCCAAUUUCUGCGAGGAGGAUUACGUCCUGACAUUUUACCUCGCCGAAUUCAUCAACUCGUUGACAAAUAUUGCCUAUGUGUACUAUGCGCUGCAAUACAUGUACAGCCCGGGGAGCCGUGGUCUCCUGAGCCCAAAGCUAGACUUCAUGUCCAUCUCUCUUCUUGUUCUUGGUGUCGGCUCUUUUCUCUUCCACGCAAGUCUGCGCCAAGCACUCGAAUUCGUCGACGAGCUCUCCAUGAUGCUGCUCAUCUGGUCGAUGCUUCAAGCCACCCUGACUGUUCGACAAACGCCCGCCAUAUCCAAGGCCAUCUCCGCGGUUCUCACAGUGAUCUUUGUAUCAUUUACCGCAUUCUACCUCAACUCUCCUCUCAUCAUCUACCAGGUCAUUGCUUUCCUGUCGGGCGUUGGAGUCGUUAUUCUACGCAGUCUCUACUUGUUUCACUGGGCGCAGCCUGCACUGCCCAAGGCCAAGAGCCGCGAAUGGAGCAAACGGGCCAUCACGGCACUGUUUAUCUGCAUCGUCGGAUACGGCAUCUGGAACAUCGAUCUCGAGUUCUGCCAAGUUCUGCGCGACAUUCGCCAACGGGUCGGCUUGCCCUGGGCCUGGCUGUUUGAGUUCCAUGGAUGGUGGCACGUUCUGACUGCCAUUGGCGCAAGUCAGUUUAUGACUGUCGCGAGAGAAUUACGCGAGGAAACAAAGCGUGAGCAGAAGAAAGAGUAA